GGGUCCGUGGCCCCGGCCCGCCGCGCCUCCUCCCGGCCGCCAGGGGGCGCCGCAGCGCGGACGAGGCUCCGCCCCUGCAGGCGGUGCUGCUGCAGGGCGCGCGGGCAGGCCGCCAUGUCCCGCCGGGAUCCAGCGCAGGCCCCGCGCCCCCCCACGCAGAAGGCGCCGGCCAUGGGCCCGCAGGCGGCCGCGGGGCAGGAGCUGCGGGAGCUGCGCAGCCGCACGGAGCGGGCCGAGCGGCGGCUGGUGGCCUGCGAGACCCUGCUGGGGGAGCUGGGUAGCAGCCUGGCGGCGCUGGGCGGCCUCCUGCCGCGCUGCGGGCAGCUCCAGCAGCGCCUGGACAACGUGGAGAACCUCCUGAAGAACAGGAACUUUUGGAUCCUGCGGCUGCCCCCCAGCUCCCGGGGCGAGGUGCCCAAGGUACCGCUCACAUUCGAUGAUAUUUCAGUUUACUUCAACGAGCAGGAGUGGGAGAGACUGGACCGCUGGCAGAAGGAUCUGUACAAGGCUGUGAUGCGGGGAAACUACGAGACGCUCAUCUCCCUGGACUAUGCUGUGUCCAAGCCUGACAUCCUCUGCCGGAUCGAGAGGGAUGAAGAGCUCUGCGUCAAAGAUGGUCACACAUCCCCACAGACACAUAGUGGAGAUGGUCAGGAGCCCCCAAAGACACCAGAAGAGAUGGACCAGGUGGAAGAGGCUUUGGGAGAAGAUGAAGUCCCCAUGGAAGAUGACACAGACCACGCUGUGUCCAAGCCUGACGUCCUCUGCCAGAUCAAGAGGGAUGAAGAGCUCUGCGUCAAAGAUGGUCAGACAUCACCGCAGAUGCAUAUUGGAGACGGUCAGAAGCCCCCACAGACACGUACUGGAGCUGGUCAGAAGUCCCUGCAGGCAACCAUCCAGGAUGGUCAGGAGAAGCCACAGACAUGUAUCAGAGGUGGUCAGAAGUCCCCACAGACGAGCAUCCAAGAUGGUCAGGAGAAGCCACAGACACAUGCUGGAGACGGUCAGGAGCCUCCGCAGACACCAGAACAGAUGGACCAGAAGGAAAAGGCUUUAGGACAAGAUAAAGUCUCCAUCAAAGCUCGCACAGAACUCCCCAUCCUGGUGAUGAACAUCAUGUCCCUGAAUGCACAGAAAGAGCAGCUGCACAGUGAAAAUCAGCCCGAGACGGAGAUGGAAGAGGACACAGCUGAGUCCAACACCAAGAAAGGCUUUUUAACGAAAAAUGAAAUGGCAUGUGAAGGGGAUGCUUCUGAAAACGCCAAGGUGAAGGAAGAGAAGCCUGAGGCAUCUUCUCCCAGCCCAGAGGCCCAGAAGUGUCCCAAAGAUGAGCAGACUAAGGCCAAGAGCAAGAAGAAGCCAAGCAGGUGCACAAGCAGCAGCCUGCUGAUGGGCAGCUGUCGGCGUGGCUACGUGCGUGAGUGGUCGCACCCCUGCACUGAGUGUGGGAAGCGUUUCCGUCUGAAGAUCAACCUCAUCAUCCACCAGCGGAACCACGCCAAAGAGGGGCCCUACGAAUGCACCAUGUGCGAGAUCAGCUUCGCGGACAAGCGCCACCUGGACCUUCACCAGAGCAUCCACAUAAAAGACAGGGCCUUUGGGGCCAAGGUCUGGGGGAAUGUCCACCCGGAGCUGAGGAUCCGGCCAAGGGGGAAGUUCUGCGGGGCUUUCUUUGGAGGCACCCACAGCCUGGGCAAUGGGACACACGCUAGGGGGCCCUGGCUGGGCCAGGCCAAGGCGGAGCUGGACAGAGGGAGCCUGUCCAGUGCAUGUCUCCCCCGACAGCAGAGCCCUAAGUCUCACAGGAAGUCUGUGGUGAAAUGCAAUCUUUGCAAAAAGUUUUUCUCUUGCACCUUCAGCCUUCAGCGGCACCUGCAGACCCACUCGGUGGACAGGCCGUAUUGCUGCGCCACUUGCAAGAAGGGCUUCACCCGUAGGACUCACCUCUCACGCCACGAGAAAAUACACGACCGCCAGAGAGCCCUGGCUGCGCUCCAGCAGCCCACGGUGGCACAGCCUGCAACCGUGGUGCUAGCACCCCAGCAGCCCCAACCGCAAGCGGCGCUGAAGGUGUCUGCGAGCGGGCGCGUUCCUCGCUCACCAGCCCCGGCAUCCGAGAAAAAUGUUAGUCCUGCAGCCAAAGCAGUUCCAGCAAAUGUGCUCCUGGUUGCUCCUGCAGAACUCAAGCUGCAGGACAAGAACUGCCACAUCCCCAGCUUGGGUGGGAGACCCAUCCGACCUGUGGUUAGGCAAGGAAGUAGGGCAGCAGUUUCAGGGGUGACAGAAAUGACUAGAGGAAAGAUCUGAACUGUCUCUGUCCCUGGAGAGAAACUGUGAGUGUUGAUCUUGCACGUGGUGGGGCGCUGGAGUUCUGAACUGUCCACUGGAUUUUAGGAGCUUUCCUGAACUGGAGGAGGAAUCAAAAGGUUGGAUACCACACCACAGUGAGCAAAUUACAGAAGCCUCCAGUGAUCCAAAAUGCUUUACCAUUCCACUGACUCUCGUGUCUGCUGGCUGAUGCACAAAAUCUUCCCAAGCUGACCUUCCUGGGAGAUUAACAGGUACAUCUCCUGCAGCCCAGUGAGAGGAACUGCAAACAGCAGCUGAGUUCACCCAUUACUUGAUGCUGCAGCUGACCCCUCAUCUUCGGAAAUACAAUUACACGGUGAAGAUGAUGGAGAGGAGGGAAUCAAGCUGGUGAGCCAAGCUCCCGAAGAGCUCUUCGCUGACAAAGUUUCUUGGCCAAGACACCAGAUGAAGACAGCGUGGCAUCUCCGAGGCCCCAUUGCAUCCUGGCCAUGCUUUUGUGUAAUAACCUGCCCUGGUGAGGAACUCCUGCUAACUUCUUGAUAAAGUUGGGAGUGCUUGAGCUUUGCACUGGAAGAUCUGUAGAACAAAUCAAACCACAAUAUUUUCUCUUGUGAGGGUGCUUGCGGGUGUUUCUGAGCUCCCAGCAGCACUCCUUCCUCCAACAAGCCCAGCCUGCGAGAGCCAGAAACACCCUGUGAGAGUCAGUUCCUCAGGACCAGGCUGCACAGAUGGAGUCACUUUAGAAAUACUUCACGGGUAAGACUAGCCCUGCACUGCAGCAGCAGUCUGCGUGGAUCCCUCCCUGGGGCUCAGGCAUGCCGGCUGCUGCGUGCCGAUGCUGGCUCUUGCACAGGAACAGCAGCUCUGCUUGGCCCCGCUGCAGAAGGAAGCCCCCACUCUCCAAACUGCAGGUCGUCUCCUUUAGUCGUGUGCAGAAUCCACCAAACCUAAUCCUAUGGAAGUAGUUCUGCUAGCUACCUCAAACAUCUUGUGGUGUGAGACCUGCCCAGAGGCAGAUGGGUACCUGGAACCUGGUAAGUGUCAAGAGCUGGGCCAGGUGUGGCUCCCGUGUUCCCCGAAUCACUUGAACCAUGCGUAUCCAUGGCCAGAGCCCUGCAUGCGUCAUGUGCACUGCUGGGAAGCACAGACUCUACAGAGAGAGGACACUGGUCCUGGUGGUGUCGCCGUGCAGACCAAAUGGAGCAGUUGUUGGGACUCUUGAAUUUAGUUUUCCAGUUGUGUUGUUUUGUUCUUUCCACUGAUGUAAUUAUUUGAUAUCACUAAGUCUCUAUCCCUCUCUGGGCAGGGAGCUUGGGAACAAGUUUGCUUAUCGCAUUUUUUAUUCCUGGUCACUCACAAGGUCUGAUGGGGCGGCUGCUGCGGGUGGUGCACUUUGGGUACUGAGGAAAUGCCUGUGCUGGGUCCUGGCUUAAUCCUCGGCACUGAGCGAGCAGUGCCUGGCCACCUCCCUGCCCUGCGGGAGGGGCAGCAGUGUCAUUGCUGCUCCUCCUUGGGGACAUGAAGAUCAUGCCACUGCUCCUCUGGGCCAGUUUCUCACUCGAUUUCUGUCCCCUGUGAUUGUGGUGUGGAGCGUGUGGGCACUGUAGCGUUAGCCAUGAGGGGGUGACUGGGGCAGACAGGUCAGCGCUGUCUCCCCAAAAGGAUGGUACUGGUAGGGUACAGGGACGGUUGAUGCCUUAUGGUUGUGCAGCGAUGGUGGCUCUGGCACGGCACAGCAGCGUGGGCUGUAGUGACCGAGCUGGUUUUCCCUGCCCCAGUAGGGUAGAUCCCAGAGACCCCUAGUUGAUCCCAGUGACGUGAGUUGGCUGGUGUGGCAGUAGUGCUGGUGGGCAGCACUCUAAGGGCAGUGUGGGGGGCGUGGAGGGGCCGGCCUCUCCCAGGCUGACUGCCCCAGCCGGGGCAUCUCUCCCAAAGCUGUUGUAACUGGGACUGGCCUUUCCUGUGAAAUCCCAGGCCCUGUUCUCAGGCUAUGGAAUCAAUAAAGUAUUUGUCUGUA